CCUCCGUCUCGCCGGCGAUGAGCAAGUCAGAGUCCAUCACGCAGAAAUGGCUCCGCCAGAACGUCCAGACGUACCCGAACCCGGAUCUCGUCUACGCACACGCCGAUGCCGUCCUCGCCCGCCAUCCUACCAUCCGCCCAAAGACGGACGUCUACACCUACGACGACGGCCGGACCCAGCUGCUGCUCUGUCUCCAUGGCCUCCUUCCAAUUGCCUUCCGCGGCGCGUCCUACAACAUCCCGAUCGCCGUCUGGGUCCCUAGAGAGUACCCGCGCACCCCGCCUGUCGCAUACGUCGUGCCCACAAGCGACAUGCUCAUACGCGCCGCGCCGGACAUCGACAUUAGCGGGCGCUGUCUCAUCGACUACCUCCGCAAUUGGGAGCGAAAGUGCGAGGGCUGCAGUCUCGUCGCACUACUCGAUGCAAUGCACGAUGCCUUCUCCCGCCAGCCCCCCGUAUAUGCGAAGCCUAAAGACGUCACCGUCCAGCAGCCACCGCCCUCCCGCCCCUCCUCUUCGGCACCCGACUACGCAGCACGCCCGCCGCCACCGCUGCCCGUGGAGCGCCACGCGUCUCUACCAACCUCAGCACAUGGAACGACCUCACCUGCUCCGCCGCCCGGCGGUCCUCCCCCGCUGCCCACCAAACCGGGUCUUGCCCCUGCGGGCGCUACCCAGCCACCCAGAAGCACAUCUGUCCCGGCCCCCCAGGUGCAGUUGAAUGCCCGGACUGGGUCCCCGGCCAAUCUGAGCACACUCGCGGGCGAGCUCGCGUCGCUGUCGCAGGCGAUGGCGAUCGACGCGGAGCGGCUGCGCGCGCACCAGGCGGACCUGCUCGCGGGGGCGCCCGCGCUGCGCGACGAGAUGGCGCGCCUGGAGGCCGUGCGCGACGUGUGCCGCGGGGUCGCGGCGCGGCUCGGCGCGGUCGUCGGCGCGGGCGAGCGCAGCGUCGCGGAGCUGAAACGCAAGGGCGACCCCGAGGUGGACGAGCUCGUGUGCUCGACGACGAUUGUGCAUAACCAGCUCGUAAACCUCGUCGCGGAGGACAACGCCAUCGAAGACACGAUAUACCACCUGCACCGUGCGCUCAACGCCGGCCGCGUCGACCUUGAACGGUUCCUCCGUACGACGCGCGUGCUCGCAGAGGAGCAGUUCAUGAAGCGUGCGCUCAUCGAGAAGAUCCAGGCCGGCAUCCCGCUCGGGGACGCGACGUGGUCCGUCCCCCCGGGCAUGCGCUGACAUUUGUGGACGGAUGUGUUGGGCGGAGGGUUCGGCCGUGUAGGGUCGCCCGCGACGGGGUUCAUUGAUAUUGGGGGAUGUCGCGGCCUUCUUGCUUCUCGAAGACGGUGGGCCCGCUGCCGAGGUCCGUUUGUAUAUCCCCGCGUGCAAUAUAGUGUAUAGUGUAUACCUAC